AACGUGUCAACACCAACACCAACAUCGCUUUUGCCUCCAGAAAUCGCCAUUCCACCACCGCAUUCCAGACUUAGAUCCAGAUCCGAGUUUCCACAAGCUAUGGGUACAUAGCCACACAGAGAUAGCCAGGAUAUCCGAGACUGAGGUCCAACUGGAAAUAUCUAGCGCCCUCGUGGUGAUAUUUGCUCCAGGUCCAACAUGGGACGGCUCGCUUGGUAUGCUGGGGUAAGCUCUUCUAUCCCACCACAAUUCUCAAGCAACAAAGAAAUCCGCUGGGCCAAACUAACCAUGGAUAUCAUCAGGUGUCGACUGCCCUAGCCGCAGGCGUAGUAGUGUCUGCAUUCAACCAGAGAGCGAACUUCUAUUCUGCAUGUGUCUAUCUAGCGCAGAGUAACUUGUGCUUAAUGGUAAGCUUGCGCUGGCGCCGGCAACAUCAGCACCGCUGAUUCUUCUAGAUUCUCAUCAACCUGAUUCUCUUCAUAUACGGCAGCUUUAUGUAUGGCUUGCAGCGCAUAUGUUUCGGCGCUCUGCGACCCAUUGAAAUCGAACAGUUAUACGAGAAAGCCUGGUUCGCGAUCACGGAAACAUGCCUGGCCAUGACCAUAUUCAGAGAGGAGGUGGGCGCCUGGUUCUUGGUCAUGUUUGUUGGACUUUUGACUGGAAAAGUGUGGGGGUGGAUUGGUGAUGGACGGGUCGAGGUUCUCGAACAACAGCCACCUGCGAAUCCCCGGUUGUUCCAUAUUCGAUUGAGCAUCUCUCUGACCAUGUCGGUCCUAUAUGAUCUUUGGUUGAUGAACUAUACCAUCAACACCGUCAUUCAGCAAGCUCGACCAAACAUGAUGGUUAUGUUUCUUUUCGAGUUUGCCAUAUUAACUACAUGCUCCUUCGCAACUGGUUUCCGCUAUUGUAUCUCAUUGAUUGAGGCCAGCAAGAUCAAGAAGCAGUCCCAGGAGAGAUUAAUUGAACGCCGGAGAGAAGUCAGGGAACAACGGGCAGAAAUCAUCAGACAGAGAGAGUUGGCCGCUGCGGCUGGUACUGAAGGAAGCGAUGCGGCUCAGUCAAAUACUCCACUUCCUUCAGAAGACGACGUGGAUGAGAUGGAUAUCGAAGUUCCCGGAUGGGAGGCAAAGGGUCACUGGGUUUUGACUCUCGACCUCAUAUCAGGUCAGUACGAAAUACCCAUGAACAUUGUUAUGACUAACAGUUUUUGAGAUUUCAUCAAGCUUGGAAUAUAUGUCACCUUCUUCGUGAUUCUUUUCAUGUUCUACGGUCUUCCAAUUCACAUCAUCCGGGAUCUAUUCCUGACAGCUCGUUCAUUUAGCAAAAGGUUGGCUGCGUUUAUCCGUUACAGGCGUGCAACACAAGAUAUGAAUACUAAAUACGAGGAUGCUACCGUUGAGGACAUCGAACGAGAAGAUACUUGCAUCAUAUGCCGCGAGGAAAUGAGGCCUUGGUCUGUCACAAAUCCUCAAGAUCCGCCUGCUGCUCCUGGUGCACCACCCCGCACGUCCAGCAGCUCCAAUGAACGGACAAGGCCCAAGAAACUCCCUUGUGGUCAUAUCCUUCAUCUUGGAUGUCUCAAAAGUUGGCUUGAACGUCAGCAAGUUUGUCCUACAUGUCGAGCAUCUGUUGUUGAAACUCCACUAGCGCGAGCAGCAGGCAACAACGCAAAUGCGAAUGCUCCAGGUGGUCAACCGCCAGGCCCAGGGCAGCAAGAUGGGCCUGGUGCCGCUCCUCAACCUGCAGCCGCUCCUCGCCCCGCUGGGCGCGGAAUGAGAAUGUUGAAUCUUGGCCCCAUUCGAGUCGGAUUUGGGCAAGCAAAUUUACAAGAUCUCCAGCAAGGUCUUGGUGGUCAGCCAGCAAAUCAACAAAAUAAUGCUGUGGCUGGUGGCCCAAGAGUUUAUGGGCUGGAAUUUGGCUUUCCCAGACGUCAGCCUCAGCCCCAGCCACAGGCUCAGGGAACAACGAACAUAGCGGGAAGCACGCAAGAGCAGCUCCAGCAACUAGAACAGCAAAUCGUGGCAGAAAUUCGUAGUCUCCAGUUGACUCAGCAAGAACUUCAAUUAGUACAGUUACUGCAGGUAGAACUUGCCAGACUUCGACUUUUGCACAAUGGUGGAGCGGACCCUCUCGCGACCAACCUCCAAAUGCCUCAAAUGGGAGCGUUAAGUGGUAGACAGCCGCCGUUGUCAGUCACUCAAGUGCCACAAAUGCAGAGACACGGGGCUCGUCCAAAUACAGCAGCAAUCCCAUCAGGUAGCGGUGAUCUUCCGCCUGGAGUUACGAUUCCAGAAGGUUGGUCACUUUUACCGCUACAGAGAUUGGAUGGACAAGCACAAACAGGAACUACUCUACAUGUUCCUUUAGCCGGACCUGCAGCAAGCUCAGGAUCGGCCCCCACCGCCACCACCACUCAACCUGAGACCAUCAGCCCUAUGGGCAGAACGUCUAAUAAUAAUCUGACACCAACACCAACUGUAAACCCCGAUGUCCAGUCACAAGCAUCGUCAGUUCAUUCGUCCGACACAAACGUCGUUCCUACUCCGCCGUCAGUUGGUGCCGACCAAUUGACUGCAUCCAACGUGACCUCAAAUACCACGCUACCCAGUACCACCUUGCAUGGUAUUCCCGCAUUGAACUCAUCAAGCGAUGGAUCUCACAAUCCUUCCGCUUUGCCAAACUGGGGAUCAUCUCAACUAUUUUCAGGGCCAACUUUGACGGCGGGUAAUACGAACGCCUUCCCCUCUUCUUCGACAAUGCCACCGCCCCCAAAUACCGGGGACGCCCUUCCUCAGGGGAGCCAUGUGGAGAGAGCAAUGGCAGUACCUGUAUCCCACGCGGCUUCUGCCGCAACUGCGGAAGAUGGUGAUAAUUCUGCCUCGUCUGAAAUGGUAGACUCGACACCAGACGAGCCUGGUGAACAGAAAGGCAAGGGAAGAGCCCCAUUUGUGGAAGAUGUGGAAGAUGAAGCUGAGGGAUCGUGAAGUGAACACGGUGAUCAUUACUUGUAAACUUUGUGCUGGGCAUUCGUGGCGUUCAUGGGCGUUGGAACUCUAGGGUAAGGGGCAAUGAAGGCAACCCUUUUAGUCAUUACGGCG